AUGUCCAUCGCAUCUGUUGAUGAUUCAAAUGGAUCAACGUCAACGUUAAUGUCGCUCAUUUUUCACGAUCUUCUAGUUACUGUAACAUCACUGAAAUAUGUGUCUUUCAGAACACAGUCUGGUUGGAAGGAAGCAAUGACCAUUUCAUCAUCUUCUUUAAUGCAAACAACAGCCAUUGAAUGUCUAAUAGUAAAAGGUAUUCAAAUUAAUUUACAUCAAAUUUUUGCUAUUGCACCAAUGUUACGUCAACUUAACGUCGAAUUGAGUGUUAGUCAAUUUUCUGACGUCGGCAUGAUUUUUCAGCCGCCUAUCAAUUUAGAACACUUAUCGAUCACUACCAUUCGUAUGACUAUGCUCGAAAUUAAAUGUUUACUUUCGCCAAUGACUCGUCUUACUCAUCUUACUCUCAAUAUCGACGAUGUGGAAAGUGAUAUGAUUAAUGGGCAUGCAUGGAUACCAUUGUUAACUAGAAUUAUCAUAUUUCAGUUUGCAUUUAGCAUUUCAAAUAAAAACGAUGUCGAUCUUGAUUCAUUUCGCACUCGAUUCUGGUUGGAAGAAAAAAAAUGGUAUGUGACAUUUGAUCAAUGGACUAAUACUUCCUCUUCGUUUCUCUAUACAAAUCCAUGCUUGAAAGACUAUUUUUAUCCAUUACCGUAUAUGAAGAAAACAUUGGUGACAGAAUCAACUGGAUUAGAACCGACGACAUUUCCACAUACAAAAUAUCUCUUUUUUAACACUGAAUUACCAAUGUCAGAAACACAUUUACGUCGAUUUACUCAUGCUAAUACGUUAAUCAUCGAAAAAGAUCUUAACAUUUCACUCGAAUACAUCGUCCGUUAUAGCAAUUUGUCACGAAUUACUAGUUUCAUACAAGGCGAAUCGGAAAUAGCACAAUCAAGCACCGAAUUUGUACGAAUUCUUCAUAGUCUUCCACAUCUGUGCUCACUCUGUUUGCACAUUUCAACUCUCAUCUUACUUUUUGAUCGACAUUGGCCACAAAUCAUUGAUCUCAACAUGAAGAGUGAUUCAGGUGGUCCAUGUAAACGACUGUCAUCAAAUGAAAUUGAUGCACUUUGGCGUUCAUUUAGUUACCUGGAACGGUUAGACUUUGAUCGUCGAGGCGUUCGCAACCUAUCAAAAUUAUUCAAUAAUGUGACGAUGAGCUUGUCGAAUGUAUCCAUUCGUCAUUAUGGUGAUAUUGAUGAUUUAAAUCCUCGAAUGGUUACGCGUCAAUGGCUUGAACAGAAGACAAAAUUGUGGGAGAAAGAUGAUGAAAACUCUAACGAUGAAAAAAUUCUUAAAGAACAACAAUCAGAUACUACUUCAACAUCUGAAACUGAUAGAAAACAUCGAUAUUUUAUUGGAAAAGAUUAUUCAAAUAUAUAUCAAAAGGAUAUUACAGAAGUUCAAGACUACAAGACAGAUAGUGUUAUACGAACAUUAGUACCACGUAUGCUAUGGCACGAUGAAGCAUUAGCUGUAUUUGGUCAAACUACUCGAGAUUGUGAAACAUAUCUGAAAAAUGAUUUUUAUCCAUUUUUGUUAUCUAAAUCUUAUGAUGAUAUUGAAGACUUAGCUGUUGAAAAUUGGAGGGAUUUUCUUAAAAGUGAGCUAUUUCGCAAUCACUUAUUUAUUACUAUUGCUCAAGAUUCAGUAGUUCAAAACCAAUUAGUUGAUGUUCUUUUUCGACGUAUAGAACGAGCACAUAAAAAUGCUAAAAAAAUUCGUGUUUAUAUUGUUCUUUCUCUUUUACCUGAUUUUGAUAACACGAAUGCUGUGCAAAAUAUUAUAUUAAUUUUUUUUCGUGUGCAUAAUCAUGAUAUUCGAAUGGGCCGUCUAAUAACUGAAAAAAUACAUGUUCAUUCAAAAUUAAUGAUCAUUGAUGAUCGUUCAUUAGUUGGUAAUCGUGAUAGUGAAUUUUGUAUUGUAAUAAAUGAUCUGGAAGAAGAAGAUGAUUGGUUUCAUGAAGAGGCAGUUCUUGUAGGAAAAUUUUGUUCUAGCUGGUGUAAAAAGAUCUUUGAAUAUGUUUCAUAUGUAAAAUUACCAUGA